ACAACUUACAGCUCUUUGAAGGAAAAUUGUGACAGGACUCUAACGAGUGAACAAUUCGUCGAACAUUUCGACUCGAUUCAACUGAGCAAUGCUGGAGACGCGCUCCGCCGUAUACAAAAUGAUGCAAGAGGAAGCUCACAAUGAAAGACAGAUUACUAAUUGGCCGCCGCCGUUCUCGUCCGAGAUGACUCCAUACACGAUAACUGACUUCGGCAACUUGAUCAGACGAACUUGCGACAGCAAAAGCUUGACUCUCAGAAUCUCCAAGAUGAUCAUCAUCGGCGACGUGGCCGUCGGCAAAACAGCAUUAGUGAACAGGUUCUGCCACAAGCUCUUCGAUAACAAUUACAAGGCUACUAUCGGCGUGGACUUCGAAGUUGAGAGAUUUGACAUUCUUGGCGUGCCUUUCCACUUGCAAAUAUGGGACACUGCGGGACAAGAAAGAUUCAAGUGCAUAGCAGCGUCAUAUUAUCGCGGCGCAAACGUAAUCAUGGUCGUCUUCGAUCUGGGAAACUUGAUGUCCCUGACGCACUGUCAGCAGUGGUUGAAUGAAGCAAGUCGCAGCAACGUUGGUCCUUAUCACAUUUUCCUGGUGGGAACUAAGAAAGAUUUACUGUCUCAACCGGUAUACGAUAUAAUAGAGAGGCGGGCGGCAGAAACGGCAAAUAGAAUGCGAGCAGAAUACUGGUCGGUUUCCUCGAGGACAGGCAACGGCGUGCCCGCAUUAUUCACACGUGUAGCAGCGUUAUCUUUUCACGCGAUGGCGUUGAGAGAGAUGCAGAGCCUGAAACUGGAGCCAAUAAACAUCGGUUCUACGACGAUAAUGGACGCAUCACAACCAAAAGCCAUAAGAAUGGCGGGAUCGCCGGUGUUGGAAAACGAAAGUGGGCUGGAAGAUGUCAACGAAAACUGCAUCAGCAACCUGGACAUUCUGUUAUUUGUUGCACUAACCUUGGUUGUAGUAUGGUACUAUGUAUGGAGGCGAAGAAAGCGAGAAGAAGACAACACGCCUGCCCCAAAAUCCUAUUCCAUACAACCGACGUCUUUCGUGGCGACGCUACCUUCCGAGAACUCUUUCAUAAAAAAGCUGAAAUCGUCUGGGCGCAGUUUGGUGGUGUUCUAUGGUAGUCAGACGGGUACUGCCGAAGAAUUCGCCAGUCGUCUCGCCAAAGAGGGCAUCAGGUACAAGAUGAAGGGCAUGGUGGCCGAUCCCGAAGAAUGUGAUAUGGAAGAGCUAGUACAUUUGAAGACUAUCCCGAACAGUUUGGCGGUGUUUUGCAUGGCAACAUACGGAGAGGGUGAUCCUACGGAUAACGCGAUGGAGUUCGUCGAUUGGCUCAAGACAGGCGACAAUGAUCUCUCCGGGUUAAAUUACGCGGUGUUUGGACUUGGUAAUAAAACCUAUGAACACUACAACGAAGUUGCCAUACACGUGGAUCAUAGAUUGGAGCAGUUAGGCGCUACGCGUGUAUUUGAUUUGGGUCUCGGUGACGACGACGCUAACAUAGAAGAUGACUUCAUCACGUGGAAAGACAAGUUCUGGCCGGCUGUCUGUGAAUUCUUCGGAAUUGAAGGAGCUGGCGAGGAUGUCAGUAUCCGGCAGUACAAACUCACGGAGCACUCAGAUAUAGCAGUCGAGCGGAUUUAUACUGGAGAGAUAGCUCGUCUGCAUUCUUUCCAAAAUCAGAGAGCGCCGUUCGACGCGAAGAAUCCUUUCUUAGCCCCGGUUAAAAUCAAUCGCGAGUUGCACGGCGUGACGUCCGAAAGGUCCUGCAUGCACAUCGAGUUCGAUAUUGAGGGCUCCAAAAUGCGUUACGAGACUGGCGAUCAUCUGGCUGUCUAUCCUGUCAAUAGCGCAGAUCUGGUUAAGAAAAUCGGCGAACAGUGCGGCGUCGAUUUGGAUACCAUUUUCACCCUUACGAAUACGGACGAGGAGUCCUCAAAGAAACAUCCAUUCCCCUGUCCCUGCAGCUACAGAACCGCGUUAACGCAUUACUUGGACAUUACCAGCAACCCGCGUACGCAUAUCCUUAAGGAGUUGGCCGAGUACGCCACUGAACCCGCAGAUAAAGAAAAGCUGAAGCUGAUGGCAUCCACUACCGUAGAGGGCAAGGCGGCUUAUCAGCAAUGGAUAGUUCAAGACAAUCGCAAUAUCGUGCACAUCUUAGAAGACAUACCCAGUUUGAAACCUCCAUUAGAUCAUUUGUGCGAGAUCCUGCCGCGAUUACAAUGUCGAUACUAUUCGAUAUCUUCAUCUCCGAAGCUUCAUCCAACUUCGAUUCACAUCACGGCAGUGGUAGUAGAGUACCAGACCCCAACCGGUAGAGUAAACAAAGGCGUCACAACCAGCUGGUUGAAGCAGAAACACCCCUCUGAUCCGCCUUGUCUCGUCCCGAUCUUUGUGAGGAAGUCUCAAUUCCGUCUGCCGACGCGCACAUCUGUCCCUAUUAUCAUGGUCGGACCAGGCACCGGUUUAGCGCCGUUCAGAGGCUUCAUACAGGAACGAGAUCUAGCGAGAAAGGAAGGUAAAGAAGUAGGUGACACGAUACUCUACUUCGGCUGCAGAAAAAGCAAUGAGGAUUAUUUGUACCACGAAGAGUUGGCACAGUAUGUGGAAAGCGGAUCUUUAAAAUUACAUACUGCAUUUAGCCGAGAACAACCCAAAAAAGUAUACGUCACGCAUCUGCUUGAGAAAAACAAAGAAGAAAUUUGGCGAGUCAUCGGUGAACAAAAUGGGCAUAUUUAUAUUUGCGGGGAUGCGAGAAAUAUGGCGCGCGACGUGCAUAACAUAUUACUUAAGGUGGUGAUGGAGCGAGGAAACAUGUCAGAACUCGACGCCAUGGAUUACAUCAAAAAGAUGGACUCGCAAAAGCGAUAUUCCAGUGACGUUUGGAGCUGAGCAAUAAUUCCGACUGACAUAGAAAAACACAAUUCUUUUCGAAAUCUGAAAAUUGAGUCUAGUUCAAUUUGUCAGAGCGUCAAAACAGCCGCCAAUCGCAUAUUUUACGAGGUUACUCGUUUCAUCUUCAUCCUGUGAAAUAAAAUAACUAGUUGAAUUAACGUAAUUAAUAUCAAGGUCUUACACAUGGUUUUUUUACAACUCGUAUGGAGCACCUAAUUGUACGUUUCGAUCAUUGUGUAUAGUUAAUUGCUUGAAUAUUUAACAUUGCAAAUUCAAUCGGAAAAAUACCGAUUUCAUAUUUUAUGAAAAAUAUUUGAAUUUGUAUAAAAAAAUAUAUACGUGAUAUUUUUCUAGUUGUUAUACUGUUAUAAAUGAUUAAAAGUAUUCUUACGUUUAACGAAAUUGCAGUUUAACGAAAUUAACGUUUGUGAUUCAAUAAUAAGACGAAUCAGAUUUAUUUGCCCUUACUAGUGUGAUUUCCUUGACAAUUUUAUUAGACAUGUUGAUAAAUAAAGUAUCGAGUUAGUUCUGAUUAUACCGCAAUACAAUAGAUAUUGUCGAUAACAAAAUUAUAUAAAAGACUUCAUUAAGUGCUUCAUUUAAGUGCUAUGAGACUUCCUCUCAUUGUAUCUUGAUCAUAAUGCGUGAAAUUCUAAAGUUGAAAGUCUUACAUGAAAAAUAUAUCUUAAAAAGCAGUGUAAUCGGAUGUAAUGAUUGUAAUGGCGUUGCUCGGUACUAUAGGAUAAUUUCACAAUCGUAAAAUUUUACGCACGAAACUCUUUAUUCAAGUCUUGUAUUUCGUUCGAAAAUAAUUAUAUUGAUUAUAUUUUAGAUACUAUUAAUUCAUGUAUGUAUAUUAGUCAUUAUACAAAUUAACACAGCGCGAUCAAAUUCUUUAGGCAAUGUUUGAAAAUUUGUCAAUGUUAAGUGGUGUUCAUAUUGUCCAUCCAUAUCUUUAAUCUUGCACUAUAAAAAAAUUUUUACUAAUAGAAAAUUUUAUAUUAGUAUAUUAAAGCUAGGAAAAUGCUUCCAUAAGCCAAUUUAGCAUGUAAUUUAGUAGAAAGAAAAGCAAAAGUAGAAAGUGAAGCAAAAUCAAGAUAAGAAUUCAAAGUCAAGAAACUUUGUGAUUAGUAAACAUUCAUUAUCCAUUUUAUCACAAUCUUUGACUAGCAUAUUGUUAAUGCUAUGUUAAAUUUUCUAUCUUUAUUUAAAAGUUAGACUAAUCGGGAGUAUCGAUUUAUUGGAUUUUCGAUAAAUAUUUUAUAACGAAAUAGGUAAAUUAUGUAUAAAUCAUGUACUACUGAACAACUAUUACUUAUUCAUAUAUGGUCUAAGUAUAGAAUUUUGUAAUAUGCUUAGUCAUAUCUCAAUAGCAACUAUAUAAUGAAUCAAGGACAAUUAUAUUUUUAUAUAAUGCAUAGGGAUGGUGAAUAAAAUGAAAAUAAUAUCAUUUAUAUAUGAA